AUGACAGAGGUAUCCUUCGCCAAGUCGUUCCUUGCGGCGCUUGACAAUCGUCCUCAGAAGCUCUCUGCCGACCAUGUCGAGGACCCGAAGAGCUAUCCACGCCAGACGGCUUACAUCUUGCCGCGGAUGCCGAAGCCCAUGAGCAAGCGAGUCAAGCUCACGCCUGGUCAAGAGCGAAGCGUCACCGUUCACAUCAAGUCGCUUCGCAACCCGCCUCUCGACAUCAAGCUUACCUCCCAGCCACUGCACACCUCGAUCCUCGAUGUCAAGACAGCAGUAUCAGAGCAGGCGAAGAUUCCCUUGGACAAAAUAAAGGUUCUAUACAAGAAGAAGCCAACACAAGACAGCAAGGUGUUGAAGGAUCUGGUAGAGGAGAGCGAGAGCACUGUUGAAUUCUCGGUCAUGGUGAUGGGUGGUGCGGCGGCUAUUAAGGCGGAUGAGCCAGAGGUCAAGAGCAGCCCGGCGCAGGGGCUAAGUGGUGAAGCAGUGCUGCAGACGGACGAGUUCUGGACAGAUCUGAAGGGCUUUCUCUUACAGAGGGUGCGGGAUGAAAAGCUCACUGAGGAGCUGGUUGGCCGAUUCCUGUCCAGUUGGGAGUCCAGGUGA